AUGAGAGAAAAGAGUAAACCUCACAGAAGUAUCAGUGAAAAGAAGGAUACUUUAUCAUCUGAUUCUUCUUGUAGCAGUAGUAGUGGUAAUAGCAACAACAACAACAACAAUAACAAUAGUAGUAGUAGUAGUAAUAGUAGUAAUGUAGCCACCACCACCAAUAAUAAUACUACUAUUAAUAGUAUAGUAACUGCACCAACUGUCAACAUUGGAAUCUUUAAUAGUGCAAGUGCAACAGCAUCGGCGACAACUACCACCAGUCUAACUAUUACAACCAACUCUUCUGGAGCAUCGACAAUAGGUGAUGUUGGUAGUAGCGAUGUGGAAACCACCACGGCAGCAGGUACAAUGGUUAUUGACUCUAUCACCUCUACCAAUGUUGAUCCCAAACCCGAUAUCUAUUUCCAACAAUUGAUCAUUCAACAACAGACUAAACAUUCAAAAAAGAGAGGUGGCAAUCAUAACAAUAAUAAUAAUAAUAACAAUAAUAAUAAUGAUCAUCAUUCAAUCUCAAAGAAUAGUACAAGAAGAUAUACUCAAUCACUAAAGGAACAAGGCACCGACAAGAGUGGAAAUGAAAUGAGUGAUGCUCAUCACAGCGAAAUCGAUGAAUCUGAAAAUGAUUUUAACAAGAGUCUAGGUGAAGAAUCCAUGAAUGAAGAUGAGUCUAGCAGUUCAAAUCAUACAGGUCGUCGUAAUUCAAAGAAAUCAUCUUCUCAUCCAACCGAUGAAGAAGGUGAUAAAUCUGAAGAUAAUGAUAAAUCUGAAGAACAAUCACUUAGUUCAGUUCAAAAAUAUAUAUUAAGAGCAUUAAGAGCACAUAAUGGUGAAGCUCAUUUAUCAGCAAUUCAAUCAUUUUUAUCAGAUAAAUGGAAGAAAUUAAGAAAAAGAGAUGGAUCAAAAUAUACAUAUGAUCACAAGAGAGUGAUAGCGGCAUCAUUAUCAAAUGCAUCACCUGUUAAUCCAUUGUUUUUAAGAUGUCCAGAGAGGGAUGGAUGGUGGUUGAUUGGACCAAGAGGAAAGACAAUCGAACUACCAUCGGAAGAGACAGAUGAUGAAAAAUCAGAUGGCAACAAGACCGAUGGAGAGGGAGGUCCAACUGGAGGAGAUAGUGACACCUUGAAAGAGGAAAAAGAAGACGCUGAUGGAGACAAGACAAUGACAGAUUCAUCAUCUACAUCUUCAUUAUCUCCAACCACCACCUCUGCUACCAUUAAUAGUGAAGAGGUAAAAAAGGAAAAAGAAAAAGAAAAAGAAAAGACGGAAACUCUAUCAUCUGCUACAUCUACUUCUCCCAGUACUUCUACUACUACGACUACGACUACAACUACCACAACCAAUGGUAAUGGUGACCAACCAAUGUCACUAAAGUUACAAAUUCAACCUCUAAGUAGAAAAAAGAGAGGUUCUACAUCGGCAACCUCACCAAUGAAACCAGCUGGCGCCCCAUCUAAAAGCAAUAACAACAAUACUACUACUACUACUACUAACUCGAGCACAAUGGUGGAUAAUAAUAAUGAUACAGUUUCACCACCUAUAAAGGAAGAACAAUCUGUUGAAUCAAAUGAAGUAAACAAUGGAUCUGCUGCUGCUGCUGCCGCCGCUUCAACCACUACCACCACGGUGACAACACCCACUUCCAAUGACACUAAACCAACGACAACGUCACCACCUUCAACUACAGCAUCGGCACAUACACCAAUAAGCUUGAGAAGAAAGAUAAAGAAGCGUAAAGCUGAAGAUGAAUCACCAACCAACAGCGAGACUAGUGAAAAGACUGAAUCAACCACGCCACCAAUCACCUCUUCACCAACGACAUCGCCACCAAUUGUAUCGACACAACCACCAACGACACCCACCAGAGGACGAAAAUCAAAGGCAGCCAUUCAAGCCGCCGCCACUGUACAGCCAGAAGAAACAACCUCCACCACAACAACAACAACAACAAGUCCACCCUCAAAUGGAAGAGGUGGUAGAAAAAGAGCACCUGUGAAACGAUUCAAGCUUCAAAACGAUGGAGACGAAAUUGACAAUGAAUCAAACGAUGAAAAUUCCGAUGCACAAUCAGACAAUGAUGAUAACGAUGAUUCCUCUUCAGAGGAAAAUGGUGGCCUACCAGAUGAUAGUCCUUCCCAUAUUCUUGAUGUUGCCGCUUUGGCUCUACUUGAAAAUGGUGGAUCUUGCACUUUUAAAAGUAUUGUAAAUUAUAUUAAAGAAUUUUUAAUUACAUUACAUUGUACAAUCAAUCAAAAUGAGAAAUUAUUAAAACUUAAAGCAUCAAAAGAAUUACCACCUUUGGAUGAAACUAGUUUAAAGUCAACCCUUGAAAAAGGUUUAACCGAUUUCCCAACACGCUUUCAAAAAGAUUCUAAAAUACCAGAUACAUGGCUACUUGUAAAAUCAGCAAAGAACAUGCACUCUAUGAGAUCAUCAGCCAGAACGCUUUCUCCUCCUUUCCAACCUGCUCUAGGUAGAAAACCGCGGUCAAAAAACCCACCAAGAACUGCAUCAAAUAAGAAAUAA